AUGGACGGCAUAGGUGCUAGACAGAAACAUUGGAAAGGGCUAUGGCCGGCAGCAAAAUCAGAGUUUCUAUGCUGUAAUGACCACGUUUUCGCCAACAGUGUCUGUCUCGAAUUGGGUUCUGGUACUGGAGUGGUUGGGCUAUCACUAGGACGUCUUGGAGCCAAGAAAGUCUUCCUCACAGAUUUUCCCAGUGGUGAAAUAUUGAGUUUAUUACAAGAAAAUGUGGAGAAGAAUUGUCUAUCAAACAUCUGUGAGGUGAAAGGUCUGGAUUGGCAAGAUGCUGAUAACAUAAAGACUGUGGUGGACGAGUUGAAGGAGCUCGACUAUCUGAUCGCUUCUGAUGUCUUCUACGACGUCUGCACUUUUCGUCCUCUGAUGACAACAGUGCAUACGUUCUUCCAACGAUUUCCAUUACUGCAGUUCUACUUCAGUUAUGCUGAACGGGAGUAUGUAUUGAUUGACAGGUAUUUCUGCUUCACUCCCACUACUUUGCGUUUAAUUGGUAGUAGAAAACUGUUUAGCCCAAAUUUCUUCAGAGGUGCGUCAGAAUCAAAACUGGUGUUUGUGAGCUCUUCUGGUGAAACUCUAUGCGAGUCAAAUUUUCAUGGAACAAACUAUAACUUGCAUGGUAUCGAGAAAACUGCGUCCGAUAUCGCUACCUGGGUACGAGGCGUUGCAAAAGAGGCCAACAUAUCGUUGCCUCUAAAGGGACUCGGACUUGGUCUUUCUGGAGCUGAAGGAGCACGUGACAAUUCACGUUUUGUAAUCUACAUCGAGGCGAACCAUGGAGAUCUGGCUGAGCACGUCUUUGUAACAUCGGAUACAGUGGCUGCGGUCGCUGCAGCGUUUGAGCAUGGUGGAGUCAUACUGGUAGCGGGAACAGGUUCAUCAUGUCGUGUCUUACUUGCCGAUGGUCACGUUUUCGGUGUUGGCGGAUGGGGUCACCAAAUCGGGGAUGGCGGCAGUGGGUUUUGGAUUGCAAUGAGGGCAAUACGAAUGGUAUUCGAUGAAGACGACGGCAUGGAAAUACCGAUUCGAGAUCUACUGCUGCAGGUAGAUCUUUACAGCCAUUUCGAAAUUGGUGACAAAGUCGAUAUACUGGAACACCUAUACAACAAAUUUGAGAAGUCUCACAUUGCCUCGUUCACAAAGAAACUAGCCGAAAAUACUGCGGAUCCAGCAAUAAAUUUGCUAUUUCAUGACGCUGGAGUAAUCCUAGGGAAGCAUUUUGUUGUGGCUGCCGGUCAUCUUCCUAGUGUGGGAUUUAUUCACGCAGUACAAGGUUCUUGGAUACCACGGGUUCACUUGUAUCGUCCUACGGGAUCUAGUGCUAUCGGAGCUGCUCUAUUGGUAGCAAACAAAGCCGGUUUUGAUAUUCCACAUCCAAAGAAUUGCGAACACAUGGAAACUAUUGAAUUCUACUAG